GCUCGAAAAUCCCCAAACUUGAAUUCGGCCAUUUUCUCAAUUUGUCCUUGCUGCAUCAGUUCUCUGGUUCAGCGCUGGUCAAUUUUUAGUAGAAAAAUUGAUUAACUCGACCAGAAUAAUAAAUCAUUAUCAUGUCCACCGAAAAGGUCGCCAAUGCUGAAAAGCCCGCACAGGACUCAGCACCAAUCCACCACAUCAGAAUUACAUUGACAUCCCGUAAUGUAAGAUCAUUGGAAAAAGUGUGCUCAGACUUGAUUCUGGAGGCUAAAAAGCAAAAAUUGCGCGCCAAGGGCCCAGUACGUAAGUACGUAUGCCAACCAAAAUUUUACGUAUCACUACCCGUAAGACCCCUUGUGGAGAGGGUUCCAAAACUUGGGACAGAUUCCAAAUGAGAAUUCACAAGAGGGUCAUCGAUUUACACUCUCCAUCAGAAAUUGUUAAACAAAUUACAUCAAUCAAUAUUGAACCUGGUGUAGAAGUUGAAGUCACCAUCGCUGAUGCUUAAACUUCGAUUUUUUAUAAAUAAAUGACGUAUUUAUAAAAUA